AUGACUGCCAUACGGCUCGAGGACGACACUUUGUGGAUUCACAACCCCAUUGCCCCAACGAAAGAAUGUGUUGCUUUGGUGAACGAGUUGGGCUACCCAGUACGAUAUAUUGUACUCGGCAGUGCGCAGUACGAACAUAAGGUCUUCGUUGGGCCUUUCUCGCGUCGAUGGCCAGAGGCAACGGUUUACACAGUGCCGCAGCAGUGGUCUUGGCCUCUUGAUCUGCCGUCCUUGUUCUACGGGAUAAAUGGUGUUGAGCUGCUGGAGGAGGAGACUGCACCGUGGGCAGCAGAAAUAGACCAGCGGCUCUUGGCUCCCAAAGAGCGCUUGGGGCUUGUGGGGUACAGUGGCUCUGAGUGUGCCUUUUUCCAUAUGAAGUCACAGACGCUUCUUUGCACAGAUGCGUUGGUGUUUGUUCCAGAAGAACCCCCAGAUGUGCUCGACAAGAGAGAACUGAUGGACUUAGGCCGCACGUUUGGUCAAUUUUUCUUGGACUUACUCGUUCUCUCGGACUGGCAGGGUUCAGGCGAGUAUGUGCGCAAUGCUCAGCAGGCCGAUUCCAAGUCGAAGCCCAAGACGGAGACUGAGCUGAUACGUACUGGCUGGCAGCGCAACGCCUUAUGGGCGCUGUUCUUGGGGCCGGACGGGCGCAGCAUCAUCAACUCAGAGCAGGCCUUCAACGCAAUCGCUGGAUCAUGGAUCAUAGGACCCGUGUGCUAUGCUCUUGUGUACAGCGGUAAAUUUCGCCAAGAAGUUGCUGCCUGGGCAGAAUCCAUGUGCGAAUGGGAUGUUCAGCAGAUCAUCCCGUGCCACUUCGCUGGCCCAGUCCGUGGCACGCGCGACGACAUCCGACGCGCUUUCGAGGUGCUGAGGCCAGGCGUCAACGUCACCAGGAAGCCGGAUCUCGAGCUGCCCUGGCCGUUUCCACGGCCCAUUCGGUACCGUCCCGAGGACUUCAAGCUGCUGAGCGACAUCACGACCACGCUCCGGGACCUGAACGCCUUAUGUGCGCGCGCGCAGCUCCUGCGGCUGCUCGCGUCCGUGCAGGAGGUGCGCGCGCCUCGCAGGGGCAGCGCCGCCCUGAGAGCGGCGCUCCAGCCGCGGAGGACGAUCAACAUGCCAGCCUCCCUGUGCGUUGGCUACAUGGCCCAUGAUCAAAUGGUGCUGGACAUGCGGAGGAUCUCGCUGCACUACUUGAAUUUGAAGACCUGGCUCCCAAGG